AUGAAGGUUCAAGUGUUAUUUCAAGCAGCUGCUGUGAUCAUACUUGUAUUGAAUGUUAAGGUCUCAGAUGCUUGUGCGGAGCAAUUGCAACGGUGUGCCAUAAUUACAGAAGAAUAUGAACGCCUCAUACAAGAAAGCAAACGUUCUGCAUUCCAAAAUUGUUUCACUAAACAAAUAUGCAGUUAUGAGCUGGCAUUGUUCGAAAAUUGUUUUGAACGGUCGAUACGUGCAGUCCGAGCUUCAUUCAACAGAGAAAUUCUGAGAUCCGACAAUUUUGUCGAUUCUGCAGAUCGAUAUUUAUCUGCUUUGGAAAACUGCUUUGAUAUUACUCAAGAGUCAAUACAUUUUCCGGAUUUCAAACCUACUUUAAUUGACGAAGAUGCCAUUUACGCUCGUACGAUCUAUAGCGUAGAAUUUGCUGAUUAUCUUUGGGGAUUACCUCAACUGGUUUCAACUUAUCCAUACCUCGAAAGCUCGGCUGCAUUGGUUUGCUUAAUCAGAGAGAAAUCAGGACGAGUCUUUGGCAAUGGUAUUAAUAGGUUUAUCGAUUCGGUGGAUUUGAAACUAAAUAAUGUAAAUGACUCUUGUCUUCUGGAGGAAAAUGAAAUACAGUGUUAUCGCCGACAUCUUAGUAACGAUAGAUUUUAUCAAGAGCUAUUGAUUGACAAAGAUCGUGUUGUCAGAUCAUGCAUUCGCAGUGUUCGUUUGCAAACACAAUGUCACUCAGCAGAUGCUUCUCGGCUUCGGGCUUGCCUUUGUAGUGCUCGCGAGGAGUUUGAGAAUCGUAUCCAAGCUUCUAUGUUACAAUGUGUUCGACAAAGUCAUGCGGAUCAUUUAUAUCGCGAACGUCAACAACCACAGCGGCAGUGGUAUGAGCAACAAAAUGAACACUUCAAUAAGCCUAUUCUAAGUACCGGAACAAUACGGAACGACCAAUGUCUCUGCACUUGUCCAUAUAACUGUGUGAAUUUUAUGGAUCAGGAAAAACUAAAGCGACAAAUGCAAACAGAUCCCAUAAACGGUCUACAAACGGAAAGUCAGGAACAAAUGCGGAUGCAUUCACAACGCCGAGGCUAUUGGAACUAUUUUGACAACUAUGUAUUAAAGCUGAAGAAACGACGACGAUGGUAG